CGUAAUUAUCGCGCCAGCAAUUGCAGUGCUUUCGCCUUGUUCCUUUUCCCUUCCGUUCGCGUCAUUGCUGUCCUCGUCCAGUCUGUGCUUUUUUUCUUUUUGUGUCCCGAACGCGUAAAUUUUCGGUUACCGUUCAAUGGCGCCAGCGUCCGCGACUGCGACCGCCAAUGGCUCUUCCACACGAGCCAGAGGGACAGUUCUCAUAUGGCGUCCUACCAAAAUCAUGAACAUGGGUGACCUUUCCAAGGAUGAUGACUUCCUUAGCCAUCUGCUAGUCGAGAAACUUGGAACAGGCACAGUCCCAUUGCUCGUUCAUAAGAUGGAUCCAUCUCGAAGACUCCCAAAGACCAAUGCCGAGGAUCUCAUGCAAAUCGUUAGACGCUUGGUUGCAAGUAAGCUUGGUGCUCAGAAUGCUGUCCGACAAGCCGUAGACGACCUCCUCGCUCUGCCUUCUGUUCGUUACUACCUCAAGCCCUACACGCAGAAGCAGAUUAAUGCUUUCGCCACACACGCCUCGCGAUACUUUGAGCUCUACAACCCUGCAGGGUGCAUAGAAAUUGCUCACACGUCUAGAUACUCUCACAGGACAGGAAAGUCAGAGUUAUGCAUUCUCGCUACGCGCUCCUUAGCCCCUGGAGUGGUAAUUAUUGAGCUGAAGGGAUCAAUGGCACAUCUUUCGAAGGAGGAAGACAAAGAACUCAAGCGCACCGACCUGAGAAAUAUUGAUAUCAGGAGGGACUUUAGUGUCAUCCAUUCACGUCAAAUGAAGAAGAACCAUCUAUUUUUGGGGCCCGCCCGAUUCGUGAACCAUGAUUGUGAUAACAAUUGCGAGCUUUUUCGCGAAGGCAAGUAUAUCACAUUUCGCACUCUUCGGGCUAUCUCCGUGGGUGAAGAGAUUACUGCGCAUUACGGCGAUGGUUAUUUUGGAGGCAGGAAUCGACACUGCCUCUGUGAAACUUGCGAGAAGAACGGCAGGGGAGGCUACGCCCCGGAUCAUUUCGAUGGCGAUGUUGAUUCGGGCGGUGAACAAGAUGCCGAAGCAUCGGAAGACGACGCUGAGGUGGAUGCCGUGACAGUUGCUGAUGUCAACGAGCGUAGGACGCGACGUGGCGUUUACGCCAUCAUUCAAGAGGAAGAUUCUGACUCUGAGGAGAGUGACGACGACGAUAAGGAGGGCGAAAAACCACUUGCGAACGCCCCUGAUGCUUCUGGGGAAGAUGAAGUGGAUAUGGAGCUAGGUGGGGAAGCUUCUGUCUUGCCGGCCAAUGAUGCAAUAGUUGCCACGCCUGAUCCGGACGUUCAGCCAUCACGCAUGACAUCGUUGAGCGCCGAAGGAUCAGCAUCUUCCAAUAAAGGGAGAGCGCAGGAAAAGCCCGUCAUUUCCACUCGACGACAGACACGGGAAUCGUCCAGCAAAUAUUCUACUCCCGCCCCCCAUGAUACUUUGCACAAUCUCUCGUCUCGCCUCAGGAGUCAAAAUCUUCGGGAUAGCGUGUCUAUCACGCCUAGUAGGAGUAAAGGAAAGGAGGCGGACAAGACUCAAGUCAAGGAAGAGUCUGAAGCAAGAGUUCUCCGAGCGCGCCCUUCCGCAGUCGGGGAAAAAUUAGAUCUGAUUGGGCCCCCGAAGCGCGAGAUUCCUCGUGGUUCAGAUGGACGUCCGCUGCCAACGUGCGUGACGUGCUUGAAUGUCUUGCCUGUGAUUUCCGUGGAUUCCAAAGUGGUUUGGGGCCUGAAUUUAGACUCCCCGCGGAAAGGCAAGAAGUCCAAACAAAAACAAGAGUGUCCAAGAUGUAUGCGUCACGCCGCCAUAUAUGGUCAGCCAUGGCCAGCUCGCCUUUCAAGUCAAGCUGUUGUUGCUCCAUCUCGCGAUGACGUUGAAGCCAGCUCCUCGCGGCGCCCUCCUCAGAAGACUAUCCCUGCUGUGGAACGCAAACAUGUGCCUCCCGUCGUCGAGCGGCCUCUGAAGAAGCGCAAAGUUGAUGACGGACCUCGCGGAGAGAUGUUAGCCAAGGCAAAGGAGCUUUUCGGGCUACCGAAGAGAAAAAGGGGGCGGCCACGCAAGUACCCUCUUCCUGAAGAAGAGCUACCGAAACGGAAAAGAGGUCGACCCCGUAAAUAUCCUGUUCCUGAGGUGCCACUCCGAUCUCAGCCUUCCUCACCUCCUAAGCCUCCGUUGACUCCGUCUGCACCCGUGAUCAAGCUUUCUGCUCCUCCAUCAAGUGUCAAAAAUAGCGAUCAUUCCCCUUCUUCGUCACGCAGUCAUACCAGGCCAAAGGCUCUGGCGGUGCAAUCACAACCUCGAGACUCGAACGGCCGUUUUGGGAAGAAAUCUACGACAAACGGAAGAUUUGUCCGAAAGAAGUUUGGUCAUUUUCAGAACCUGACACGCACAGAAAGGCUUUUCCGCAGAAAUAUUAAGGUCACGCAGUGGCUCGCUGGCAGGCAUGAAGAAGAUGAGACAGACGACGAAGAAGCAGACUCACAAGACUGGGAUCAAGCGAAUGAUCCAGAGACCCUUCGUACUGGCAAACGAGCGGCAUCAUUCCCACCUGAAGGUUCGGCACCGCUAACGAAGAAGCCCCGACAGCUCCCCAGUCCAUUCGGUGGAAAUGAUGAAGUAUUGGAUUACAGCCCUUCUGUACCCUCCGGGCCGUCGGCUUAUAAGUUCAAAGGGGUGGGUAGUAGUCUUCUAUAUCAUCCCAACCCGACAAAUUACGCUCGCCGGAAGUGGGCACCAUGCCCUGAUGAUAUGUCCCAGGAUGAAGAGGACAGUGGUCCCUCUCUUCCAACGCUGGAAAGUGACAGUGUUGGUCCUGUCACGCCUGAUGAUCAGACGCCGUUACCUAUAGCUGGUCCGUCGCAGCUUGAGCAUACAGUCGCGGAAAAAUUAGCCCAGCGAGCUAGUUGGCGAGGGCCUGUACACAAUAGCGUUCUAACCUUCCGGCCAUCUCCAGUCAAUUUUGCCAGACGUCGUUGGUCCUCAAUAUCCAAGUUGCCCCUUGACUCUGGUCCAGGGACUCGCCGCAGCGAGCGGCUGAACCCAAAGGCUUCCUUCUGUGGAGAAGACAGUUCCACGAAAGUUUCUAGCGUAGAUGGACUACAUGCGAUUCCCACUGUUGGUUCACGAUCAAGCGCUCGCGUUUCGUCCAUGUCGGAGAAUAUGUAUAUAGAAGGUGGUGCAAUUCCUCGUGCCGGGUCCUACACACCAUCAUUUGACGACCUGGGCGAGCAGUUUCCGAUCUUAGAUGUGCACCGCCGCACUUCUUUUCCGGAUGAUGGUACAGUUGACUCGGCCAAUUCUGACGACGAUCGAGUUGUCGAAGGGCUUCUUUCUGAAAGCAAGGAGGCUCAUACCGGCGUUGUAAAUGAGGAGCAAUUCUCUCAUCUCCGUGUCACGUAUACGGCUAAACUUCCUGCCCCAGUACCCUGGAAGAACUCUCGUGGAACACCCAUGUCUCAUUAUUUACGCAAAUCCGCUUCAUUUCACGCAGACGACGAACCAUCCUCUCCCACUCGUUUCAUUGAUGCAGGUUGGGAGUCUGAUUGCUCUCACUCAACAACAGCUUCACUAAUUGCUAGGGCGGAGUCUGGGUUGUGCGGACACUGUUAAACUUAAUAUUAAACUAAAUUAUGUGGUCCCGUCCACCCCCGAAAUUGGUUAGCUCGUUACUUGUAUCAACUACAGUAGCAUUUUGUAAUUCUCGUCCAUAUGCCUCAUACAAACGCCAUUCUCUGCCACCACGUAUCGAGUGCAUACUCUAACGGUACAGUAAGGCAC